UUUCAUACAGCGCAGAUGCUCGAAGGGCCAAAUCUCGCGUGGCAAGUUUAGCCGACAGGACAUGCCCGUCAUUCGGCCUAACGUCACAGCAAACCUCCAUCCCACUUACCAUGCCACCAUCCCACUUUGAGCCGCCCUGAAGCCAUUCUGUCCUCCGAAGGCCCUCAGUUACUUCUACAUCCUCAAUUGGCAUCCCCAAAACGGCCGUCAAAAUGUCGCAGCUCCUCAAGCAAUCCGUAAAACUCGCCCUCAUCCAGCUCGCCUGCACCGCCGACAAAGCGCACAACCUCUCGCACGCGCGCACCAAGGUCCUCGAAGCCACCAAGCAAGGCGCAAAGAUCGUCGUCCUCCCCGAAUGCUUCAAUUCGCCCUACGGCACAAAGUACUUCCCCAAAUACGCGGAAACGCUACUCCCAUCCCCGCCGACCGAAGAGCAGUCCCCGACGUUCCACGCGCUGUCGCAGCUCGCGAAAGAGGCGGGUGCAUAUAUAGUAGGCGGCAGUAUACCAGAGCGGGAGAAGAAGGACGGUGACAGCGAGGAGAAGCUGUACAACACGAGUCUGACAUUCGGCCCGAGCGGCGAGCUGUUGGCGACGCAUCGCAAGGUGCAUCUCUUCGACAUCGACAUCCCCGGCAAGAUCACCUUCCGCGAGAGCGACGUGUUAUCCCCCGGGAACAGGAUCACGCUGAUCGACCUGCCCGAGUACGGCAAGAUCGCCGUCGCCAUCUGCUACGACAUCCGCUUCCCCGAGCUCGCGAUGAUUGCGGCACGGAAGGGCGCGUUCCUUUUGCUCUACCCCGGCGCGUUUAAUCUUACCACCGGCGCGCUGCAUUGGGAGCUGCAGGCUAGAGCAAGGGCCAUGGAUAAUCAGGUUUAUGUCGGGUUGUGCAGCCCGAGUCGCGAUAUGCAGGCGGAUUAUAAUGCCUGGGGGCAUAGCAUGCUGGUCGAUCCUAAUGCCGAGGUGCUGGCGCAGUUGGAUGAGAAGGAGGGAAUGGUUGUGGGCGAGUUGAAGGUGGGCAGGAUUGAGGAGGUGAGGAAGGGGAUUCCACUUUAUGGGCAGAGGCGGUUUGAUGUUUAUGAGGAUGUGGCGAGGUUUUGGAAGGGUGAGCAGUAGGGGAUAGGGGGUGGAGGAUGGUGUUGGGCGAGGGAUAGGAGGUUCUUUCGCGAUUACAGCGGGCCAAUUGUCGGUGUACGCGGCUCUACGUCUGGAGCAGAUGUUUUAGCAUGGGCAUGUGAGAACCAUGAGGGCGGUCCAUCGGAUCCGGGAAGGUACAUCUAGAAGGUAAAUAUGUUUAACAGGAUACGAACUCGAAUCACGCCGUCGUU